ACUACUCUGCAUUUUGGUGAAGUCUUCUUUCUUCUCUCUCUUUUCACUUCUCAAGCUAUGCGUCAUAACAUGAAAGCUAUUGUUCCGUGAUUUCUCCACGGAACUUUAAAACACCCCCUCCGAAAAAAUGGGAAAUUCAUCUCUUAUUGAUAAAACGACGCUGUUUUGUGGUUGGAAGCGGUGAUGUUGAAUAAUGGUUACGAGUUUAUCAACUAAACUUCUGAACAUAAGCAUAUCCUCAAUGUGUAAAGCAAAGCAAUUAGCAAGAGCCGAAGACGUUAUAAUUGACGGCAUAAGAUUAGGUGUGCUUCCAGAUGUUGUCACAUACAACACUCUAAUCGAUGCGUAUUGUCGUUUUGUCAGCAUCGAUGCUGGUUAUGCCGUUUUGCAUAGAAUGAAGGAAGCAGGGAUAAACCCUGAUGUUAUUUCCUACAACUCAUUGAUCUCUGGUGCUGCUAGAAAAUCGUUGUUAUCAAGGUCCUUGGACCUGUUUGAAGAAAUGCUCAAGUCUGGUGUGCACCCUGACAUGUGGAGUUACAACAUAUUGAUGCAUUGUUUGUUCAAGCUUGGGAAACCUGAUGAGGCAAAUCGUGUUUUUAAGGAUGUUGUACUUAGUGGUGAACUGUAUCCGAGUCAUUCUACUUACAAUGUCAUGAUUAAUGGUUUGUGUAAGAAUGGAUAUGUUAACAAUGCUUUGAUGUUGUUUAGGAACUUGCAGCGGCACGGGUUUGUUCCUCAGGUGCUGACUUAUAAUGCUCUUAUUAAUGGACUUUGCAAGGCGAAGAGAUUGGGCGCGGCGAGGAGGAUUCUCAUGGAAUUUGGUCAAUCAGGGUAUGAACCUAAUGCUAUUACCUACACUACGGUUAUGAAGUGCUGUUUCCGGUGUAGGCGGUUUGAGGAUGGGUUGGAGAUCUUGUCAGAGAUGAGGAGCAAAGGGUAUACAUUCGAUGGAUUCGCGUAUUGCACGGUGAUUGCUGUGUUGAUAAAGAUUGGAAGGAUCCAAGAGGCUGAUGAAAUCAUUGAGCAGAUGUUGAGUAAUGGUAUUGAGCCGGAUUUGGUGUCGUAUAAUACGUUGAUAAAUCUUUAUUGUAGGCAAGGGAGAUUAGAUGAUGCGUUGAAGUUGGUGGAUGAGAUUGAGAAAGAAGGUUUGGAAUGUGAUCAGUAUACGCAUACAAUUAUAAUUGAUGGGUUGUGUAAGGCUGGAAAUUUUGUGGGGGCUCAACAGCAUUUGGAUUAUAUGAAUACUUUGGGGUUUGGUUAUAAUUUGGUCGCUUUUAAUUGUAUGCUUGAUGGAUUGGGUAAAGCCGGUCAUAUUGAUCAUGCCAUGAAAUUGUUUGAAGCUAUGGAGGUUAGAGACUCUUUUACGUAUACCAUCUUGGUGCACAACCUUUGCAGAGAUAGAAGGUUCCUUUGUGCAUCCAAGAUUUUGGUUUCUUGUUUAAAAUGCGGCUUUCAGGUCUUGAGGGCUACUCAGCGAGCUGUUAUUGAUGGUCUCUGUAGUAUUGGGUUUACAAAUGAAGCUAGGAAACUUAAAUCGAGAAUCCGAAUUGCUCGACUGUUACGUUGAUUACAUGGCAGUUGGUGUUUGGAUUUUUGGAUAUGUAUUUAUUAUUGGAGGCCAAAAUUUCCUAGUCUCACCUUUCUGCUUGAAAGCCAAAAUUGCAUAUUAAGGGGUUAAUUAAGGCUAGAACUACACAGCAGGUAUUCCAACUCUGAUUAUAGUGGCCUUGGAUACAUUCAAACUUGAAUUCAGUAGUGAACCUUGCAUCAAAUUACCAUAGUUAUUAUGUCCAGAUACAUUUGAAAUUUCUGUUUGUCGGCAGAACAAAUGGAGCUGGUUACAAUAUUUGCUCAAGAAUGGGGUUGAGUGUCAUUUCCCCAAACCUCGAAUGGAGCCUAUAAUUUUCCAUUUUUUUCUUCAUUAAAUGGCCAGUCUAUGCUACACACUACAUUCCUUUCACAUUGUUAUAGACAGUACAUAGUUCUAUAUCAUGACCAAGAAUGUGGUUCAAUGUAUCAUGCAAAUAUCUGAAAGGAAUUGGGUCAUAAAACUUGAUCUCAGCUGUCUUAUUAUAAAUUAGGAUAAUUGUCUCCAUGUGGUGUAAUUUAUCUCACCGACAUUUCUUCAGAUUGAUAUCUCACCGACAUUACUUGAGUUAUCAGCAGUAGUUUAUCACUUUUAAGAACUUCUCUCUCGGACAUAUUUUAUGGGAUUAUAGAUUUAGUGUUUUUAGUUUGGACUUUUAAGUUUGAAUAUUGUCAAAUGCCUAAUUCAACUAAUAGAGCCAUUAUUUGGAGACUGUGUAAGUGAAUGACCAGCGGUUUCUUCAGUUUCUUUCUUUUUAUUUACGCUUCUGUUACAUGUUCACUGCACAAUUUUGUUGGUUUUGCCUCUGAUUUUGUUGGAUCCUUCUUUUCUGCUGCUCAGUGCCAAGUCUUACUUUCCAUUUUCUUAAGCUACCCUGU